AACAUGCUUUGGCCACGACACGACGAUUGAUCACGCCCAGCGGCUUCCACUGAUUGAUUGAUUGAUUGACUGCUGCUCCAGCCGGGCCGUGCAGGUGAGCGCAGGAGGCUCCCACGACCACACAGCGGACACCACCAUGGCGCUCACCAUCUGCACGAGAUUCACGGACGAGUACCAGCUGUUCGAGGAGCUCGGCAAGGGAGCCUUCUCUGUGGUCAGACGCUGUGUGAAGAUCUCCUCAGGCCAGGAGUACGCUGCCAAAAUCAUCAACACCAAGAAGCUCUCUGCCAGAGACCAUCAAAAGCUGGAGAGAGAGGCCAGGAUCUGCCGUUUACUCAAGCACCCCAAUAUUGUGCGGCUCCAUGACAGCAUAUCCGAGGAGGGCUUCCACUAUUUGGUGUUUGAUCUUGUGACAGGAGGCGAGCUCUUCGAGGACAUCGUGGCCCGCGAGUACUACAGCGAAGCGGACGCCAGCCACUGCAUCCAGCAGAUCCUGGAGAGCGUCCAUCACUGCCACGUCAACGGGAUCGUCCACAGGGACCUGAAGCCUGAGAACCUUCUUCUGGCCAGCAAGCUGAAGGGAGCGGCCGUCAAGUUGGCCGACUUCGGUCUGGCCAUCGAGGUGCAGGGAGACCAGCAGGCAUGGUUCGGCUUCGCCGGCACCCCGGGGUACUUGUCUCCAGAGGUGUUGAGGAAAGACCCGUACGGGAAGCCCGUGGACAUGUGGGCCUGUGGAGUGAUUUUAUACAUCUUGCUGGUGGGCUACCCCCCCUUCUGGGAUGAAGACCAGCACCGCCUCUAUCAGCAAAUCAAGGCGGGGGCCUAUGACUUCCCAUCCCCCGAGUGGGACACGGUGACCCCCGAGGCCAAAGACCUGAUCAACAAGAUGCUCACCAUCAACCCCAGUAAGCGCAUCACGGCCGCAGAGGCCCUCAAACACCCGUGGAUCUGCCAACGCUCCACCGUGGCGUCCAUGAUGCACAGGCAGGAGACCGUGGAGUGCCUGAAGAAGUUCAACGCCAGGAGAAAACUCAAGGGAGCCAUACUGACCACCUUACUGGUCACAAGAAACUUCUCAGCAGCCAAGAGUUUGCUGAACAAGAAGACGGACGGCGUGAAGGUCAACAACAAAGCAAACACAGUGACCAGUCCUAAAGACACUGGCCCCGCCCCCGCACUGGAACCCCAGACAACGGUGAUCCACAACCCCGUGGAUGGAAACAAGGAGUCCAUUGAGAGUGCCAACACCACCAUAGAAGACGAGGACGUGAAAGCCUGCAUCAAUAACACUAAAGCACGCAAACAGGAAAUCAUCAAAGUGACGGAGCAGCUGAUCGAGUCCAUCAACAACGGAGACUUUGAGGUCUACGCGAAGAUCUGUGACCCUGGUCUGACUUCCUUCGAGCCCGAGGCGCUGGGGAACCUGGUGGAAGGACACGACUUCCACCGCUUUUAUUUUGAAAAUGCUCUGUCCAAAGGCAACAAGCCGGUGCACACCAUCCUCCUCAACCCGCACGUGCACCUCAUCGGCGAGAACGCGGCGUGCAUCGCCUACAUCCGCCUGACCCAGUACAUGGACGGCGGCGGCAUGCCCCGCACCAUGCAGUCCGAGGAGACCCGGGUGUGGCACCGCCGCGACGGCAAGUGGCAGAACAUCCACUUCCACCGCUCGGGCUCGCCCAGCAUCCCCGCCCAUUAAUGGAAAAAUCAUCACGGGGUUUGAAAGCAUCAGCAAAUGUGACCUUUGACCCUCACAGGACACACGUAAUAUUACAUUAAAUCAACGGACGUCGUUCUUUAAAUAAACCACCAGCAGGUGGCAGCACAGUAUUAUUACGACAUAUCGGCGGCAGUGUUUUUUUUUGUUGAGUUCAUUUUUUUUUUUUUUAAAGAUGUUUUGGUAUGCAUUUGAAAUAUAUAUCAAUUAGAACUCUACUGCUGUGACCUCUCCCUGAGAAGUAGUUCUGUAUUUUUCAACGUGUAUUUCUGUGCGUGUAAAACACAAACAAUUGGAAGAGCCUGUUGGGAGUGAGCUUGCUUUAGUUCUGCUGAUGUAAAUACUUUGUGAUGGCGGGUGCAAACACCAGCCAUGGAACUGCUAUUCUUGCUAUCGGAAGGUCAGCGUGCGUUUUGGUGUUUGGAUCUUAUUCUCAGUCACGCUAAUUGAAAAACAAAAAUGACCGGUUUGAGUUUUUGUUUUUUAAAAUGUAGGGAAAAAAAUUAAAAAAGAAAGCUUUUUUUAAUUUUAUGUUGAAAAGCAUUAACUAAAUAAAAAAAUUCAAUUGUAUAUUUAAUAUUAUAAAAAUGAAAAUCCCCAGUAAUGGGAAAAACAGACCAUUUGCUGAUACUAGAAGUUUUAUUUUCAAAAUAAAAGCGGGGAUAAUUACAUCAAUCAAUGCUUACUUAUACAGCCCUAAAUCACGAGUGUCUCAAAGGGCUGCACAAGCCACAACGACAUCCUCGGCUCAGAUCCCACAUCAGGGCAAGAAAAAACUCAACCCAAUGGGAUGACAAUGAGAAACCGUGGAGGGGUACCAAGGUAAAUGUAUUUGGAGCAAAAUUAUUUCAGACACGGAGGACUGACACCUACAAAAUUGUCAGGUUCAAACACUGACGACAUCUAUUAAACAGACAAAGAAGCAAGGAAUUCAAUUUAGCUCAAUAGAGGAGAAACGUCUGGGCUGUACUCCUUGUAGAGUCUUCCACCACGCUCUUGACGAAAGAUUAUACGCCUCCUCUUUUGUUUGGACUUUCCCUGAUUACAUGGCAACAGCUGUUUCUUUAAAGGAACGUGGGUCGUAAACAGCCGUCGCCUUUGGUGACAAAACAGUUCAAAGAAAAGGUGCCUGGAGCUUGCGUGAGGUCCUGCUUCCUCUCCGCUAUGUAGAUCUCGGGUCAAGACAAAAUCGUCCUGUGGAUCACAAUACAUCAAAGAAACCGACACCUUCAUGUCGCUUCCCAUCCUACACAGUGGAGUUUUACAAGCCUUUUGAUUGGUAAGAUCAAAGACAGCUUUUGUCUGCUCGCCGGGAACUCAUUGAAACACAAAGUUUUGUGAUAACUUAGAUACAAUUAUUCUGACAAAAAUGUCUACACAUAUUAACAGGAAGUGAAACACCGAUAAAAACGGAUGUGUCGUCAUAUUCUGAAAGCGGAAGUAGCAAUUUUAAAGACAGGGGCACAGCCUGUAAGAAAACCUGUACUAAGGUCUGUGAUCAGAUCUCUUUUUGCCUCCACUUUCUUAUGAUAUCCCAGCAGGCACCAGACAUCGGUUCAACAUACAUGUCCUUUAAAACUGACUUUGAAACAAACGUUGCAAAUUAGUUGUAUUUGUAAAUGGAGACAACGUUGAUGUGGAACGUCGGAUCCACGUUGUUGGUUUGACCAUUGACAUUUGGUCAUUUCCCAACCAACGUCACAACCUGACAUCGGAUAAAUGACGUCAAAAAGCAUGUUGUUUCAACGCUGUAUAUGUGUUGUAGAAUAUUGGUUAGAAAAAUGACCCAAAAUCAAUGGUCAAAGCAACGUCAGACCCAACAUUGAUUUAACGUCGUCAAAAAGCGUGUUGUUUCAACGUUAGAUUUGAGUUGCUCAACGUCCGAACCGAACAUUGAUUAAACGUCAUCAAAAAGCAUGUUGUUUCAACGUUUUAUUUGUGUUGUAGAAUAUUGGUUGAGAUAUGACCAAAAUUCAAUGGUUAAAUCAACGUCAGACCCAACAUUGAUUAAACGUCGUCAAAAAGCAUGUUGUUUCAACGUUGUAUUUGUGUUGUAAAAUAUUGGUUGAGAAAUGACCAAAUUUCAGUUGGUCAAUCAACUCGACAUUGAUUAGACGUUGUCAAAAAGCAUGUUGUUUCAACGUUAUCAUUGAGUUGCUCAACGUCAGAACCCAAUAUUGAUUAAACGUUGUUGAAAAGCAUGUUGUCUCAACGUUAGGUUUGAGUUGUAGAAUAUUGGUUGAGAUACGACCAAAAUUCAAUGGUCAAAUCAACGCCAGAACCCAACAUUGAUUAAACGUCGUCAAAAAGAAUGUUGUUUCAACGUUAGGUUUUAGCUGGUCAACGUCAGAACCCAACAUUGAUUAAACGUUGUUGAAAAGCAUGUUGUCUCAACGUUAGGUUCGAGUUGUAGAAUAUUGGUUGAGAUAUGACCAAAAUUCAAUGGUCAAAUCAACGUCAGAACCCAACAUUGAUUAAACGUCUUGAAAAAGCAUGUUGUUUCAACGUUAGGUCUGAGUUGCUCAACGUCAGAAUCCAACAUUGAUUAAACGUCGUCAAAAAUCCUGUUGUUUCAACGUUGUAUUUGUAGAAUAUUGGUUGAGAAAUGACCAAAUUUCAAUUGUCAAAUCAACGUCAGAACCCGACAUUGAUUAGACGUUGUUGAAAAGCAUGUUGUUUCAACAUUAGGUUUGAGUUGUAGAAUAUUGGUUGAGAUACGACCAAAAUUCAAUGGUCAAAUCAACGUCAGAACCCAACAUUGAUUAAACGUCUUGAAAAAGCAUGUUGUUUCAACGUUAGGUCUGAGUUGCUCAACGUCAGAACCCAACAUUGAUUAAACGUCGUCAAAAAGCAUGUUGUUUCAAUGCUGUAUUUGUGUUGUAGAAUAUUGGUUAGAAAAAUGACCCAAAAUCAAUGGUCAAAGCAACGUCAGACCCAACAUUGAUUUAACGUCGUCAAAAAGCGUGUUGUUUCAACGUUAGAUUUGAGUUGCUCAACGUCCGAACCGAACAUUGAUUAAACGUCAUCAAAAAGGAUGUUGUUUCAACGUUAGGUUUGUGUUGUAGAAUAUUGGUUGAGAAGUGACCAAAUUUCAAUGGUCAAAUCAACGUCAGAACCCAACAUUAAUUAACCCUCGUCAAAAAGCAUGUUGUUUCAACGUUGUAUUUGUGUUGUAGAAUAUUGGUUGAGAAAUGACCAAAUUUCAAUGGUCAAAUCAACGUCAGAACCCAACAUUGAUUAAACGUCGUCAAAAAGAAUGUUGUUUCAAUGUUAGGUUUUAGCUGGUCAACGUCAGAACCCAACAUUGAUUAAACGUUGUUGAAAAGCAUGUUGUCUCAACGUUAGGUUCGAGUUGUAGAAUAUUGGUUGAGAUAUGACCAAAAUUCAAUGGUCAAAUCAACGUCAGAACCCAACAUUGAUUAAACGUCUUGAAAAAGCAUGUUGUUUCAACGUUAGGUUUGAGUUGCUCAACGUCAGAAUCCAACAUUGAUUAAACGUCGUCAAACAGCAUGUUGUUCCAACAUUAGGUUUGAGACACUCAACGUUAGAACCCAACAUUGAUUAAACGUUAAAAAGCAUGUUGUUUCAACGUUAUGUUUGAGUUGCUCAACGUCAGAACCCAACAUUGAUUAAACGUCGUCAAAAAGCAUGUUGCUUCAACGUUGUAUUUGUGUUGUAGAAUAUUGGUGGAGAAAUGACCAAAUUUCAAUUGUCAAAUCAACGUCAGAACCUGACAUUGAUUAAACGUUAAAAAGCCUGUUGUUUCAACGUUAUGUUUGAGUUGCUCAACGUCAGAACCCAACAUUGAUUAAACGUCAUCAAAGAGAAUGUUGUUCCAACAUUAGGUUUGAGACACUAAACGUCGGAACCCAACAUUGAUUAAACGUUAAAAAGCAUGUUGUUCCAACGUUAUGUUUGAGUUGCUCAAUGUCAGAACCCAACAUUGAUUAAACGUCGUACAAAAGCAUGUUGUUUCAACGUUGUAUUUGUGUUGUAGAAUAGUGUUUGGGAAGUGACCAAAUUUCAAUGAUCAAAUCAACGUCAAAACCCAACAUUGAUUAAACGUCGUCAAAAAGCAUGUUGUUUCCACGUUAUGUUUGAGUUGCUCAACGUCAGAACCCAACAUUGAUUAAACGUCAUCAAAGAGAAUGUUGUUCCAACAUUCGAUUUGAGACACUAAACGUUGGAACCCAACAUUGAUUAAACGUUAAAAAGCAUGUUGUUUCCACGUUAUGUUUGAGUUGCUCAACGUCAGAACCCAACAUUGAUUAAACGUCAUCAAAGAGAAUGUUGUUCCAACAUUCGAUUUGAGACACUAAACGUUGGAACCCAACAUUGAUUAAACGUUAAAAAGCAUGUUGUUUCAACGUUAUGUUUGAGUUGCUCAACGUCAGAACCCAACAUUGAUUAAACGUCAUCAAAGAGAAUGUUGUUCCAACAUUAGGUUUGAUACACUAAACGUCGGAACCCAACAUUGAUUAAACGUUAAAAAGCAUGUUGUUCCAACGUUAUGUUUGAGUUGCUCAAUGUUAGAACCCAACAUUGAUUAAACGUUGUCCAAAAGCAUGUUGUCUCAACGUUAGGUUUGAGUUGUAGAAUAUUGGUAGAGAUAUGACCAAAAUUCAAUGGUCAAAUCAACGCCAGAACCCAACAUUGAUAAAACGUCGUCAAAAAGAAUGUUGUUUCAACGUUAGGUUUUAGCUGGUCAACGUCAGAAACCAACAUUGAUUAAACAUCGUCAAAAAGCAUGUUGUUUCAACGUUAGGUUUGAGACACUAAACGUUAGAACCCAACAUUGAUUAAACGUUAAAAAGCAUGUUGUUUAACAUUAUGUUUGAGUUGUAGAAUAUUGUUUGGGAAGUGACCAAUUUUCAAUGGUCAAAUCAACGUCAGAACCUGACAUUGAUUAAACGUUGUCAAAAAGCACGUUGGUUCAACGUUAUGUUUGAGUUGCUCAACGUCAGAACCCAACAUUGAUUAAACGUCGUCAAAAAGCAUGUUGUUUCAACGUUAGGUUUGAGUUAAUCAAUGUAAGAACCCAACAUUGAUUAAAUGCAGUCAAAAAGCAUGUUGUUUCAACGUUGUGUUUGUGUUGUAGAAAAUUGUUUGAGAAAUGCCAAAAUGUAAAUUGUCAAACAACGUCAGAAUCCAACAUUGAUUAAACGUCGUCAAAAAGCAUGUUGUUCCAACAGUAGGUUUGAUACACAACGUUAGAACCCAACAUUAAUUAAACGUUAAAAAGCAUGUUGUUUCAACGUUAGGUUUGAGUUGCUCAACGUCAGAACCCAACAUUGAUUAAACGUCGUCAAAAAGCAUGUUGCGUCAACGUUGUAUUUGUGUUGUAGAAUAUUGGUGGAGAAAUGACCAAAUUUCAAUUGUCAAAUCAACGUCAGAACCCAACAUUGAUUAAACGUUAAAAAGCAUGUUGUUUCAACGUUAUGUUUGAGUUGCUCAACGUCAGAACACAACAUUGAUUAAACGUCAUCAAAGAGAAUGUUGUUCCAACAUUAGGUUUGAGACACUAAACGUCGGAACCCAACAUUGAUUAAACGUUAAAAAGCAUGUUGUUUCAACGUUAUGUUUGAGUUGCUCAAUGUCAGAACCCAACAUUGAUUAAACGUCGUACAAAAGCAUGUUGUUUCAACGUUGUAUUUGUGUUGUAGAAUAUUGUUUGGGAAGUGACGAAAUUUCA